AUGGAUUUAACGCACAUUCCCCCUGCAGCUCUUGGUCCGCCGGGGACCUUCGCACAAAGCCAAUCAACUCAAAAUAAUGGGUUGUGCGACCGCUGUGCGCAAAUCGACUUCCGGGAGAUCUUUGCGGCCCAAGACAUGCGCCCGUCAAGCUGGAAGAUUGUCUUGGAUCUUGGGGAAGUCGACCCGUGCAGCCCCUGCCCAAUGUGCCGCCUGUUCCACGACAAAGGGCGCUCGGAUCCGAUGUGUCGCCGUACUAUUGGUCGGCUUUGGGUCAUCCUCUGCCCUGCCUUUGGGUUUGAUGAGAACCUUUUUGGAGGCGCUCGAAGCAGACGAUCUGCGUUUGGAAUCACCAUCUUGUGGACCAGCUCUCGGGAAGACGCUUCGAAAAGCAGGAAUCGGAUCACGCGCGAGAGGGUGGCCAGGCUCCCAUGCGACGUAAUCUUCCCUAAUGGCUCUUCUACAACAUUCGGGGUUCCGCCGGGUACGGUAGAAUGCACGGCUAUCAACCAGACGGAGGUGGACUAUGGCCGGAUCCAGGACUGGCUCCAGCGAUGCGAUACCAGACACACCGGGACGUGUUGCCGUCUGCCGCGUGGCGGGCCGACUGAGAUCUCCUGCAUCGACUGCUAUACCAGAGCGGUUAUGCUGGUAGGCGCCGACGACGAGUACCUUGCCCUCAGCUAUGUCUGGGGCCACUCCAAGGGGUUGGCGGCACUACGACCGGGGAAAAUGUUACCCGACGAUGAAGACCUAUCCCAGGUCGUGCGAGAUGCCAUUAUCGUGGUCCGGAGGCUCGGAAAGCGCUACCUCUGGGUGGACAAAUACUGCAUCGACCAGACUGACGAGGACAUGAAACGCCACCAGAUUCGCCAUAUGGACCGAGUUUAUGAAGGCGCAUACGCAACCAUCGUGGCGGGCGCUGGGCCAGACGCCAACUUUGGACUUCCCGGCGUGUCAAGCCGACCGCGGACCGCGCAGACUGUUGUCCAAACACCGGCAAUGACCGUUGUUGGGGCACCCCGUCCCCUGGGACGUGACCUAGCAUGGGGUGACUGGAUCAAGCGAGGAUGGACCUACCAGGAGGCCGUCUUGUCUCGACGAUUGAUCAUCUUCACAGAGCUCCAGGCCCAUUUCGUUUGCUCAGCCAUGACGUGCUCUGAAACAGUCUUGGCUGCGGUGGACGACAUGCACGCUGGGCAGGGCGAACGACCCAUCACCCUGCUAAACAGUGACUUGUUCCACGGCCAAGCGAACCGGAAAGUCCCUCGAAAACCGCCUGGCGAGCUGACUCUCUUCCACCAACUACUGGACCAUAUUACUGUGUUUUCCGGGAGAAGCUUGACGUUUCAGAGCGAUGCUCUGAAUGCGUUUCGUGGCAUUCUUUCACGGUGGCCGUUCUACAGCUACUAUGGCAUUCCCUUUGCCGUCGACCAGCCGGCCGAUGUAUCCCAGCCCUUGCACUCUGCGCAGCACCAGCUGGGAUUCCUCCGUGCUUUAUUUUGGAGUCGUCCGGUGUGGACUCGCCAAAGGAAGCCGCCUGGGUUUCCGAGCUGGUCGUGGGCGAGCUCCUCGGAUGGGGUGGCAUUUCACUCCCUAAAGGGCGACGUCCACCUGCCAAUGGCGAAAAUCGACGUCGAGGACAUUAUUCGAAACAUUGCGGAUGAUGCUCCCGCCGAACGCAUCUUAGCGGAGCUCUCCCCCGAACUUCACCUUGAGACCCUCAUCGCGUCGUGA